AUGCCACCCGAGCUGAAUUAUCUCCAGCUUGUCUCCUUUGAAGGAGGAAAUAUUCUGUUGAAUGAGGAUAGCGCCCGGAAGACGUUUGCAAAUGAGAGAUACCGGGACAAAAAGGUCACAUUUGUCAGCAUCAUUGGCCCUUCAAGGAGCGGCAAGAGUUUCUUGGUGGCCUACAUGACCAGCAAACAUGAAAUCCGUGGCCGCUUCAAAAGCGGCUAUGACCGCGACACGGAAGGAAUUCAAAUUUGCGAGCAUCCGAUGGAACUGGAAGAUGGGACUUUCAUGUUUUUUUUGGAUACUCAAGGGACCUUUGACUUGCAAACCGAGCUGUUCGUCGCCGAUUGGAUCAUGGCUUUCAGCUUGCUAAUCGCUGGCAUUCAGAUUAUCAACCUGCGCAUUAACCUUGAUGGUGAUAACUUGCGCAUUGUUCAUCGAGCAGUUGAAACAGCAAAUUUGAUGAAAACUGCUGCGUCCGGCGAGAAGCUGCUAUUUUUGAUUCGUGACGCUGCCUGCCCGGACAUGCCACCUGCAGAAUUUCUGGAGCGCGUUUGGGAAAGUGCCAAGUCCUCCAGCGAACUGACCGAAGCGCAAAAUUCUUUGCGUGCACGCUAUGAAAUUAGCUGCAUUCUAUCUGCAGCCCCGUCGGAAAAUAUACGGUUGAGUAGCGGCGAAGCUACAAUCGGGACGGAAGCCGUUGAUUCUGCCUUCGCCCACAAGCUUGCGGCUGUGAAGGACUACUUGAUUCAAAAUGCCGCCCAUUCCUCUUCCAGACGUUGCACAGAUUGGGGAUACUGGCAGGAAAUCGCAUCCUUUCUCAAGGCCGUGCCACCAAAGUAUGCUAGCCAGUCUGCAGUAACGCAAAAUAUGCGGAUGUGCAAAGUGAUCGAAAGCGCUUUCGCUAGCCUCGACAUGAGUUUCCGGGGAGCCAAUAUGGAAAACUUCAAGGAAAUGUGGGCCUGUUACAAGCGAACUUUGGUUGCCAACAUCAAAAGGCGAAGUCUAGGGGCUCUGGAGGAAGAAACGGUCAAGCAAGCAUUGGCGAAGUUGAAAUUGGAAGGCCAAAAGAAGUACAGACUACUUCAAAACGAAGAAGCAUUGAACAAAAAAGAAGCCGAACGGAGGACAAAAAUCGAAGAAGCUUAUUUGGUCAUUGGAAAACUGAAUAAUUUUGAUGCAGCGAUGAAGUUUUUGCAUGAGCUACCAAAGUAUGCGAAAGAUGACGCAGCUACGGAGGCACGAUUGAAGUCAAUAAUCGAGAAACGGCUGGCCUUCCUGUUGAAUCCCUGGUUAAAUGCAGUGCUACAACAGCAGUGUUGGGCAGUGAAGAACCUCGUAGCUUCGACGGACGUAAUCCUUUUGGAUGAGUUAAAAAAGGACCCCGGAUCGGUCUUGGAAAAGGAAUUCGAGCUUUUUCAACAAAAACUGGCUGAGGCCAGCCGACUGGUGCCCGUGGAAGCUGAUGUUGCGAAUUCGAUGAUCGUUAGGGCCCGGAAAGAAAUCAAGAAGGCCUUCGAAACGGCCGUGAAGGAACGCCAAGAAAUCCUCGAGAAACUGGGCUUGUCUAACCAGCCAGUCAAUCGACCACCUCCCGCUUUGAACAAUAGCACAGUAGAAAGAAGCGAGAACUUUAUUUCCGAAGCAGCGCUUUUGGAACCGGUGGACCCGCAAAGCCCCACAGCCCACCAAGUCGAAGUUCAAGCGGCCCAGGCUGAGGAGCGGCGGCUAAGAAACGAGAAAAAGGAACGGGAGCUCAGGGAUCAACUGGAAAAGGCGGAUAUGGAACGCUUUCUCUUUGAUUGUAAACAAUGUUCCGCGUAUACUCGAUCUGGAGAACACCUGGAGACUUACGACAUAAUCUUCCAGCAGCGUGAAGAAUAUCAAAGACGGGCCGUGAAUAACUUUGCGACAAGCACGGAAAUUAAGUGUUUGAGGCUGCAGUUCCAGACUGCAAUUAGUCUUUUUAUGGUCCUUUGUCGCGAUUAUAACCUUCCGUUCCGCAUCGAACUAUCAUUUCUACGCGAUUUCGAGCAAUAUUGCUGCGUGCACUUUAAGCGCCACUUCAACGAAGACCUGUAUCUUCCAUUUUUUCACAACCUAAACCUGGCAACGAGCGACGGCCGAACACAUUGGUCAUUAAACCCGUUAACUUGGUUUGCAAGCCUUUGGGCGGCAAAUUGCGGGCCGUUAGAAAAUGAGGAUGGCGGGGUCUUGAACUCGACGAUGACGAUCGAUACCGCGAGAAAAUGCAUUGUCGACUCUUGCGUGCUUGGCGGUCAGUUGAAGAAAGAAGAAACUCUUGAAUAUUAUUGGGCGGAAAUUGAUCACUAUGUCAAGAAAUAUCCGGAGCAAUGGUCUUUUGACCAUACCAUCAACUGCAACCGGAACUUCAUGACAUUCUUCUACAAUGUACUGAAGGGUUACACGCCCUCGCCUGAAAACUUUUGGGAACAUCUACAAGCAGCUUCACUGGAGCGCUGGAAGCGCAAGGCCCAAGAGCUAGAUCGGAAUGCUGCAGGAAAUGCAGCUUAUGGCGAAUAUACUCGAGACUUCUUUGCCUAUGUAAAUCGAUACUUCCCGAAACAAGAUACACAAAAGGGAUCCUCGUCCACUCACUUA